CCCUCUGCAGAGUUUCGGAGCUCUCCCUUUCUGCGGCCAGCUCGCCUUGACAGCUAACACUGGCGCAGAGUCUGAGCUCAAAUCUUUACCAUAUUUCUUCUGGCAAAUAGCGAAAAUUUAUACCCUGAAUUUCCACGCAUCCUCUUCCGGAGACAAGCGUUGGAGCGGCCUCGUCUAGAAUGGGGAACCGAGACGAUGAAUACGAUUUCUUGUUCAAAGUUGUGUUAAUUGGGGACUCGGGCGUAGGGAAGAGCAACCUGCUCUCUCGGUUCACGCGAAAUGAGUUCAACCUCGAGAGCAAGAGCACCAUCGGGGUGGAGUUUGCCACGCGCAGCAUUCAGGUGGACGGCAAGACGAUAAAGGCUCAGAUCUGGGAUACAGCGGGACAGGAGCGCUACAGAGCCAUCACCUCAGCGUACUACAGAGGAGCUGUGGGGGCGCUGCUAGUAUACGACAUAGCCAAACACCUGACCUAUGAGAAUGUGGAGCGCUGGCUGAAGGAGCUAAGGGAUCAUGCCGACAACAACAUCGUCAUCAUGCUGGUUGGCAACAAGAGCGACCUGCGCCACCUCAGGGCCGUGCCUACAGACGAAGCCCGGGCCUUUGCAGAGAAGAACAAUCUGUCAUUCAUAGAAACUUCGGCCUUGGACUCGACAAAUGUUGAAGAAGCCUUCAAGAAUAUUCUAACAGAAAUAUACCGCAUCGUAUCGCAGAAACAGAUUGCCGAGCGGUCCGCCCACGACGAGUCCCCGGGAAACAACGUGGUGGACAUCAGCGUGCCACCGACCACGGACGGCCAGAGGGGGAGCAAGCUGCAAUGCUGUCAGAACCUGUAACUCCUGGAAGCUGUCUCUCCUCCCCUGGGUCAAUUAUUAGUUGAAAUCAGUGUUGAUAUGCUUCCAUGUGCCCAGAGUGCAGUGUUUUAGAUCAGUGGAGUCAGUUCCAUUAUAAUCCACGAACGAUCAAAGAAGAGAAAGAAUUGAUUUCAAAUUGUAAUCCGACCCAGGUACAGUCUGCUACAGUUUAGUGCAAAAACAGGACGGAUGGUACCACGUGAGCAGCUACCACAGUUAACCAUGAUAGUGUAGCAGAACAGCCUUGCCUCAGACCUUGUAAGCCUAGACCUUUCCCCGGUAGACAGCCGUUACCACACACUGGAGACCUGGGUUUCUAAUCCCGCCUGUUUCAGUCGUACCAGCAGUCCUGUUUUUGGGCUUCUCUCCUCCCCGUUCAGUCAUCAUCUCAAAAGUGGUUGUGACGCUGCUGACGCUUAUUUCAUUUUGUGUAAAAUAUAUUGUUUCGUUUUGAUAGCUUGUCUGCUCACAUACAUUAUAUUAAUGCCAUGAAAUUAAAUUUUACAGUAUUA